CAGCCGGCGCCGAGCAGGCCGUGUUUCGCGGAAGUGGAGCGGCGAUGGAGCCGGGCAAAGGGAUCGGUGGCCGGCUGCUCGGGCUGCUGCUGGUCGCCGGGUUGGCGCUGCUCCGGGGGAGCUGGGGACUGGAGAACGGGCUGGCCCGGACCCCAGUCAUGGGCUGGCUGCACUGGGAGAGGUUCCUGUGUAACGUUGACUGCCGGGCCGAUCCCCACAACUGCAUUAGUGAGCAGCUCUACAUGCAGAUGGCUGAUAUUAUGGCAGCGGAAGGAUGGAAGGAUGUUGGCUACGAGUAUGUCUGUAUCGAUGACUGCUGGCUCGCUGCCAGGCGGGACGACAACCAUCGCCUGCAGCCUGACCCCCUGCGCUUCCCGAGUGGGAUAAAACAUCUGGCAGACUACGUACAUUCUAAAGGUCUGAAGCUGGGCAUCUAUCAGGAUGUGGGCACCCAUACCUGCGCCGGGUAUCCGGGCAGCUUUGGCUUCUACGAGCUAGAUGCUCAGACCUUUGCCGAGUGGGGUGUGGAUCUCCUGAAGUUUGAUGGCUGCAAUUUCAUCAACUUGGACAUGCUGAUUGAAGGUUACAAGAACAUGUCAUUGGCCUUGAAUCAGACGGGGCGAAAUAUCGUGUACUCCUGCGAGUGGCCUUUCUACCUCUGGCCUUUUGUGCAGCCCAAUUACACGGACAUCAGGAAGUACUGUAACCAAUGGAGAAACCACGGCGACAUCAGUGAUUCGUGGAACUCGCUGAAAAACAUCAUCAGUUGGACAGCUGCCCACCAGAGUGUGAUCCAACCUGUGGCAGGGCCUGGUGGCUGGAACGAUCCAGAUAUGCUUGUCAUUGGUAACUUCGGGCUGAGCAAGGACCAGCAGGUGACCCAGAUGGCAUUGUGGGCCAUCAUGGCUGCCCCUCUGCUGAUGUCGAAUGACCUCCGCAACAUCAAUCCUGACUCCAAGGCUCUGCUUCAGAACCAAUACAUCAUCGCCAUUAACCAGGACCCUCUGGGCAUCCAAGGUCAUCGAGUGACCAGACAAGGUAACUUUGAUCUAUGGUCACGGCCACUGGCGGGCGGGGGCUUUGCUUAUGCCAUCAUCAACUGGGCGGAGAUUGGUGGUCCGGAGAAGUUUUCCGUCAUCAUGUUCGGACUGGAUGAGGGGAAGGCCUGUCAGAAGAAGUGCCUGGUCACAGAGAUCCUGCCUGCUUUCCAGUUCCGGGGAAUCAAGAGCCUGUCCUCUGUGCUGGACAUCUGGGUGAACCCCACUGGCACUGUCCUCUUCACUGUUUUCCCCCACAGCCGAAACCUCUCACUCAAUGUGAAAUCACUGCAGGACAGUCCUAGGCAUAAAUUUAAGUUGUGAAGUUCCACCAUCCAUCUGUUUUACCUCCAGGCUACGAUACAGCAGCAUUAACAAAUUUUAGCCUUUCAUGGGCCAUGACCUGGUGACUUUCCUCAUGGGCAGUUUCUUUUCCCCCUUUUUAAUUGGUAUAUGGAAUUUGAGAUGUGAAUGAACGUAUUGUGUGUGGGAUCCAGAAUCGAGUGUUGGUGCUGAGGCCAGGAUUUUGGAAUGGGCAUGAUGUGCAGGAACAUUUCAACAGAGUCGUGGAAUUGUACAGCACUGAAACAGGCCAUUCGGCCCAACUCAUCCAUGCUGACCAGUGAACCAUGCUGACCUUCUGUGUUAGUCACUUUUCCCAGCACUUUGGUCUGCAGCCUUCUGUUUCCAGGUGAUUCAAGUGUUCGUCUAGCUGCUUCUUAAAUGCUGACAAUGACCCGGCUUCGACCACUUUCUCAGGCAGUGCAUUCCAGGUAUUCGCCACUCUCUGGGUGAAAAAGGUUCACCUCUGAAUUUCUUCCCCCUUAACCUAAACCUAUGUCCUUUGGUUUUAUCCACCUCUGAUAUGGGGAAAUGUUUCCUGCAGUAACAUAAAGUUUCCAGUGGUUUCUGUUUGGAAAGGUCUGGGCUGCACCAGCUCCUGACCACUUUCCUGGUGAAAAGCCAGUGAUUGCUUCUUCUGCAGUUUAGGAUUUUAAUUGGAAACUGUUGGGAAAUGAAACUACAGUCUCCAGUUCUAACAAUGCCAACCUCUCCCUGAGCUCCCUGCUUUCCCUGUCCUCAGGCUUCCCAUGACUUCAAUUGCUGGUCUUUGAUGUUGCGAAGGUAGGUGUAUGUGUGUGGGGUUCUUUCUGUUGCUGAUCCUCAGUGCAUUGGUAUUUCUCACUGAAGGGUGCAUGGCUGGGAAUCUCAAUGUAUCAAUGCAAGGAUGGGAUCUUCCCAGGAUCUCCCCCCCAAAAAGACUAAAUGUCACUGAUCUCUGAGCUGAUUCUGGCGAUGGUUGGGGUCCAAGUUUGCCUUUUGACCAUGUGUAUUUAUGCACAGCCAUGAUUAAACACAAGGCAGUGUUCGGCAGUUUCUGGGCAGAUUGAGGCUUAACUGUCACAUUCUUUUGCUCCAUUCUUUCUGCUGUGGAUCACUCAGGGCCCAGCACCCUCUCCUGUGUGAUCAGUACACUCUUCCUACUUCAGAUUCUUCUGGGUUGAGUCCAUCAUCUCUGCAGGUUCUUGUGAAAGAUCGAUCCAAUUAGUUCAGUCGCCCUCUUUCCCUAUAGCCACUUCCCAACCAUCACCAUCUGUCCCUCUGAGGCUUCAGUGGACAGUGCCCCUUGCACUGAGAUACUCUGCUCUUCCCUUCUCUUGGCAUCCUUCAACCCCCUCUCAAGUGCUUUGAAUUCUUCCCUGGGGUUUCUGCUGCCUCACACUCCAAGAGAAGCUACUUAUUGAUGAGGAUGAUUUUUAGAUGAUUGAUUUUACUGAUUUUUUUUGUGCAAUAGGUUUAUGGUUGAUUUGCAGUGACUGGCUGGGAAGAAAUGAACAUUCUCAAGUAAGAAUGUGAGAUACAAGCAGGAGUAGGCCAUUCAGCCAUGGUGCCUGCUUCAUGAAUCAAUGAUCUUUUAUUUGGGCUCCAGUCUUCUGCACUAGGCCCAUAUCCCUUGAUUUAUAAAGAUGUAAUAAAUGUUUUAUUGAACUUCA